AUGGAAGGACUUGGUCUGUCAAGUACACUGUCUAUGUCAGACCGCAGGAAUAUCUUCGAUAUUCAGGAUCGAGGGUGGUUGGAAGGACUUAGCAUAGCCUCUGAGGCUGCCAGCAAAUUCUUCUCGAACAAUCCUUACUUCCAAUUGAAUGUGAGAUCAGCUCAUGUGCGCGGACAUGCACAACUGUAUAUUCCAUUGGCUAUUGCAAACUCUUGGUUUGAGAAAAAGUCACAAACUGUCAUUCUUUGGGUUGGUAAGGAAUAUUGGCAUGUGAAUUUAACUAUUAAUAAGGGAUCAUCAUCUUCUGGAUUAGAGCAUAGAUUUUCUGCUGGAUGGCGUGCAUUUACAAGAGACAACUCUCUUAACCCAACUGAUAUAUGCAUCUUUGAGCUGAUCAAGAAGAAUCAAGCCGAGGUUAAAGUUAUGGGAUUUCUCAAGAAUAGGCUGUUGUAA